AUGAAAUAUGAGAACCCUGGCCUGCUGGACGAGGCGCUCUCCCACGUUCCUCUCGACCGUCUCUACGCAGAGGCAGAGGAAGAGUGUCAGAUUCUGCAGGCAGAGGCGGCAAGCAUGGGUGAGAACGUGAAACCAACCUGGGGCUACCAGGACUGCGUCAUCAAGGCUCUCCUCAGGUACGGACCCUUUUGUUUUUUCCCCUCUCUCUCUCUUUCUAUAGUUGAUAUGAUACUAACUAGCCGUGGUAGAUGGUUCAAACGCUCGUUCUUCCAGUUCAUCAAUAAUCCCCCUUGCUCGAGAUGCCUCAGACCAACCCUUCUUCAGGGCAUGACGCCCCCAACUCCAGACGAAACCGCCCGGGGAGCCACCAGAGUCGAACUCUACAUCUGCUCAGAGCCCUCCUGCGCCAGCCCUGAGCGAUUCCCUCGAUACUCUGACGUAUGGACUCUGCUGCAGUCCAGACGCGGCAGAGUAGGCGAGUGGGCCAAUUGCUUUAGCAUGCUGUGCAGAGCCGUCGGUGGCCGCGUACGUUGGGUCUGGAACUCAGAAGACCACGUAUGGACCGAAGUUUACUCUGAGCAUCAGAAAAGAUGGAUUCAUGUCGACGCCUGCGAAGAGGCUUGGGACAAUCCCCGCCUCUACACAGAAGGCUGGAACCGAAGAAUGGCCUAUUGUAUCGCCUUCUCCAUCGAUGGAGCCACGGAUGUUACCCGUCGCUACGUACGAAACCCUGCCAAACAUGGCCUCGACCGUUCUCGUGCUCCCGAUGAGGUAUUACUCUGGGUCAUCCACGAGAUCAGACGCAUGCGUCGUGAGAACCUUUCCAAGGAAGAACGAAGGCGGUUGGUAAAAGAGGAUGAACGUGAAGAGCGUGAGCUUCGUGGAUACGUCGCCCAGAGCAUCGCAACUGAACUCAGCCGACUGAAUCCCAACGGUGUCUCGGCGCCGGCUCCCGGUGACGAAGUCAAGGUUCCUGUCUCUGCAGCUGCAACGACAACGGGACAGAGUGGAGUUGAACGGACGGGUCAGCCAAAUCCAGAUCCGUCUAGGAGGCAUCGAUGA